GAGAGAAGAGGAAAAGGAGAGAGGAGAAGGAAGGAAGAAGAAGGAAGGAAGGGGACAAUACGAUCAUGCUGUGCUGUAUGAGAAGAACAAAACAGGUUGAAAAAAAUGAGGACGGAGACCAAAAGAUCGAGCAAGAUGGCAUCAAACCAGAAGAUAAAGCUCAUAAGGCAGCCACCAAAAUCCAGGCCAGCUUCCGCGGACACAUAACAAGGAAAAAGCUCAAGGGGGAGAAGAAGGGAGAUGCUCCAGCAUCUGAGACUGAUGUCGCCGACAAGAAGGAGGAAGGCCCUGCCGGCGGAGCGGCCGAGAACAAAGAAAGCGAGGCUCCUGCUGCCACAGAAGCGGCCGCCGCUGACAGUGCCCAGCAGGAGGAGGGCAGCAAAGACAGCAGCGCUCCAGCGGAGGAGAAAAAGGGAGACGGAGCCGCCGACACGGGCUCAGAGCAGCCAGCCCCACAGGCUGCCACUCCUGCCGCCUCCUCGGAGGAAAAGCCCGCUGCUGCCGCUGCCCCCGAAAGGGAAAGUGCCACUAAAGCUUCCACUGAUAACUCGCCGUCCUUGAAGGCUGACGAAGCCCAAGACAAAGAGGAGCCUAAACAAGCCGACGUGCCUGCUGCUGACACCACUGCCACCACCACCCCUGCCGCAGAGGAUGCUACUGCCAAGGCAACAGCGCAACCCCAAAUGGAGACAGUGGAGAGCAGCCAAACCGAAGAGAAGACAGAUGCUGUAGAAGAAACCAAACCUACUGAAAGUGCCCAGCAGGAAGAGGUGAAAGAAGAAGAGAGCAAGGCGGACCAAGAAAAUGCCUGAACAUUAAGAAAUGACUCCCCAUUGCCCCUCCCUCCCUCCCCCUAUCCUCUAUCCUUCCUUCCCACCCCAAUCUCGAUUUCCCCCCUUCCUGCUCGCAUCUGUGAGCCUGUCUGUCCCUCUCCCAUUACCACUUAAACCCUUUUUCUCUCUGUGUGGCAAACAUUUAAAGAAAAAAAAAAAAAGCAGGAAAAAUCCCAGUCAAACAGUGUGGCUUAAACAUUUCUUUGUUUCUUGGUGUUGUUAUGGCAAGUUUUUGGUAAUGAUGAUCCAAUCAUUUUGGGAAAAUUCUUGCACUGUAUCAGAGUUCUUUGACCUGGCGCGUGCGUGUGUCUGUCUGCCCACUGCGAGCGCGCUCUCUCUCUCUCUCUCUCCUCUCUCUCUUCUCCAAGUGUGUGUGUGUGCAAUGUUACGUUCAUCUGAGGAGUCCAGACUUACCGAGUGAGUUAAAAACAAAAGAGGGGGGGAAAAAAAAGGUUCUUUUCUUCCUUUUUCAAUGUGAUGGAAUGAACGAAAGAAAAAACAAACAAAAGACCAAAUGCAACAAACAAAUGAACAAAAAAAACUACUAAACCCCAGUUUGUUUUCAGAACUAAAACAACAACUAGAAAAUGUGCCAAUUAGCAUAAUGCUUGGCUCCAGGCUCCUUUUUCAAACUGAACAAUAAUUAUAAUAAAUGAGAAUAAUUAUCAUUAA